UUGGGCUUAGUUUUGCCUCGAAGCUUGCUGCGCCAUGAAGUGUCAACUGCUGCUGCUCCUCUCGGGCUUGCUGGCUCUAACCUGCGUGCAGGGAGCUCGUGUCUACAUGCAGUUCAAUGGCAAUGGCUACGCCUACAACACGGAUGGCGACAGAGCGGGCAGGAGCAAUUCCCUGGCGAUCUUUGGCCCACAGCCGCUAAGAUCCCCCACAGCUGGCAACACCCAACCCACAGCCGACAGCCUGGCCACUGCAUCCCUCAGCAGAGGCUAUCAAAUCGGCUCCAGUCUCAGCCCGAGUCCCACUCCCCGGACUGGGCCCAGCUUUGACUUCAGCACCCACCAAAUGUCCCAUGCGCAGCACACCGAUGAGGCGGGCAAUGUGCUGGGCAAGUACUCCUACUACGACGAGGCCGGCUACCAUGAGCUGAGCUACAAGGCUGGCGCCGGCAUUGGCUUCGUUGUCAUGGGCGGCAAUUUGGCCAAGGCCACCAGCUCCAGCUCCAGCGCCGAAUCGCAAUCGGAAAUUGGACAGCCACAAGCGAGUGCCUUGAAUCCGUCCGCAAACUUUCAACAGUUUCAGCAUAAACAUGGCGGCACUUACGCUUAAAUAAACCAAU